AAUGAAUUAUUAGAAUUCAAUCCAAAGAACACCUAAAGCACUCUAAAUAUAAAUUGUAAAAUAUACCAUCACAUUUAAUUAUCAUAGCCAUCAUCCCCACCUAUUCUAAGAACAUAAUUAAGUCCUAAUCAAUUUUCUUCACCAAAAAGAAUUAUACCUGUAACAGAAAUUAUACGUAUCAUUCCAAAUGAUCUACCCUCAACACCUUAAUUAAAUCCACUCUAAAAACCUGAUAUUACUGUCCCAGAACUUAAAAAUUUUCUAGAUGACCUAUUGAAAAGAUAUGAUAAAUUAGUCAUAGAUCUUUAAAACUCAACUCAAAAUUAAAUUAAAUUACAAAAUGAACUCACCAAUCUUCAAAAGGAUGCAAACUAUAAAAUAUAAGCAACUAAUAUUGAAAAUUCAAUAUUAUCUGAAACACUCAAAAAUAAGAAUGAAGAAAUCACACUUCUACAUUAAUUAAUAGAUAGACUAAAACAAUAACAUCUUUAAGAAAUUUAAGAUCUCAAAUAAGAAAAUCAAAAUGUUAGUGCAAUAUUAACUAAUAAAUUACAAUAAAUGAAUUCUUUUGCCAAAGAUAAAUUAUCAGAACUUGAAUAAACAAAAAGCUUACUUUAAUUAAGAGAUUAAGAAGUCUUAGAAUGGAGAAGCAGAAAAAAUAACCCAGAUACCAAUACUUAAGAAUCCAAGUAAGAUAUUAUUUAUCAAGUAAUAUGAAAUCCAACAUACCCAAUUUCAAUUAAACAUAUGAUCAAAUAAUAAAUGAAAAUUAAAAUCUAAAAUCACAACUUCAACAAAAACAGAAUGAAAUUAAUGUUCUCAAAAAUUAAGUAUAAAUCUUCUAUAAAUUUAGUUGCAAUAAGGAUUAUCUAAAAAUGAUCUAUAAUUAUAUGCAGAAUUGCAAUAAGCCAGAAAAGAAAUUCAAUAUUAUUAAGAGUAAAUAAUGUCUAAAUAGAGUAAUGACAACUUAGCAGAUAUUGAAGAUCAUGAAGAAAAAAUAUAGAUUUUAGAGAGUGAAAUUAAGCGAUUAAACAAAUAGGUUUACAUAUCUAAAAUUAUUAUAAUUAGUUAGCAGAUAUGAGACAUGAAUUAGAAAAUUACAGAGCUCAUUAAUCUGAAAAUGAGUUUUUAAAGAGUAAAUUAUCUGAUAAAUAAAAUUAAAUAAAAGAUCAAAGAAUACGAAAUGUUUAAAAUUGA